AUGUUUUUUGACCCACCAUUAUUAUUACCUAAAACAACAUUAUUAACUAGUGGACACUUAAUGUAUUUCUGUGUAACUGAACAAUUAGAUUUUCAGUAUUAUAUUAAAGAAUUUGAUUUACCAGAUACACUCAAUUCAUAUUUUAUUCUUGUGACUCUACAUAUCUGGCUGUGUACAGUGCGUCUCGCGAAUCAGGGUUCUGAAGGAGAAAUAGUGCGAAAUAGUAUGGUGGAAAUAAUGUGGUCUGAUAUUGAAGAGAAAGGAAAAAAUUUAGUUCAGUCGAAGGCAAGUACGUCAGUGAGACAGGCUCUAGAAAAAUACAACAACACACUAUUAUAUAUGUUUUUGUCACUAGAUGAAGGUUUGCUCUCUGAUGAUAAGACAUUAGCAGGAGCUGUUUGGAGAACUAUUUAUGAACAAAGAGAUAAUGUAGAUCCAGAAAAAAUUGAACUUCUUGUCUAUUAUAUAAGAAAGCAAGUUCAUCAUAUUGAAAGAAUUGAUUCAUUUAAACUUCUUUCAAAAGGUGUGGUUCAGUUCCUUAAUAUACAUGGAGAUAAAGUAAAUGACAGAUUUCUGAGGAUGGCUAAACAGCAACAGAAACUUUGA